AUGACGGACUUUGAAAAGGCCAUUAACGAUGCCAUUGCUGCGGAGGAAAUUCCUGGUUGCGCUCUAUCAGCGACGAACCGCGACGGGACAUUCACAUACUCCAAAGCCUUUGGCAAAGCCUCCAUGAAGCCCGAUAACAACAAGCCCAUGCAACUCGACACAAUCAUGUGGAUAGCAUCCUGCACCAAACUCAUGACCUCCAUCUCCGCCCUGCAACUUGUAGAACGCGGCCUCGUCUCCCUCGACGACCCCGUCUACAAGCACCUCCCAGAGCUAGAAUCCCGCACAGUAAUUAAAGGCUUCACCGAUGCCGGCGAGCCCAUUGAAGAAAAACACACAAAGCCAAUCACCCUGCGCAACCUGCUCUCCCACUCCAGCGGCCUCGCCUACGAAUUCAUCCACCCGGUAAACCAGGCCUGGCUCAAGUACCACAACCGCGCCCCGGCAAGCAGUGGCAACCUCGUCGAACGCUUUUCCUACCCACUCGUCUUCGAGCCCGGCGAGAGCUGGGCGUAUGGUCCCGGCAUCGACUUCGCGGGGCUCCUCAUCGAGCGCAUAAGCGGCCAGACGCUCGAAGACUACAUGAAAGCGAAUAUCUGGACUCCCCUCGGCAUCAAAGAUAUGACCUUCUCCCUCUCCUCCCGCCCGGAUCUCGCAGCGCGUCUCGCGGAUAUGUCAGCGCGGAACCCUUCGACAGGCAAGGUUGUGGAUUUCUCCGGACCGCUGCCGUAUGUGGAUGGGGAAGGGAAGGAGGUCACGAGCCAUAUGGGGGGUCAGGGUGUUUUUGCCUCGAUGGAGGAGUAUGCGAAGAUUUUGAAGGCGUUAUUGGAUGCGGAUGGUGGGAAGGAGGGUGCGGUUUUGAAGAAGGAGUCUGUGGACGAGCUGUGUAAGGCGCAGUUGGGGGAUAAGAGUCGGGAGACACUUACGGCGGCUUUGGAGGAUAAAGCGGCAAGCAACGCGAUGGGUGGCCUGCCAAUUGGCGUGCCCAAGGAUCAUGCGCUUGGUGGCGUUCUUCUAACGGGCGAUGGUCCCGAUGGCAAGAAAGCCGGAACCAUGGUUUGGGGCGGGUACCCGAAUCUCAUCUGGUGGGUUGAUCGCAAGACGGGGCUUUGUGGUAUCUACGGUGCUCAAGUUGUUCCGCCGGGAGAUGCAACGGUUUCGGGGCUGCAGCGCAAAUUCGAAGCGGCCAUGUAUGAGAGGUUGGCACAGGAGAAGAAGUGA